AUAAAUCAUCCAAUGGAUUUAUUUACUAUAAAUUCAAAGUUAAAAAAUGAUAAAUAUACAAGUAUAAAAGAUUUUGAAAAAGAUAUGCAUCUCAUAUUUCAUAAUUGUUAUACAUAUAAUGAUAGAGGAAGUGAGAUAUAUAAUUUGGGAGAAGAAUUAGAAUCAGUUUUUAAUAAAAUAUGGGUUGAAAAAGUUAUCUUUCAAGUUGGUCAAAAGGAAAAACUAAAAAGAGUACGAGAUACUGAUGAUUCAUCUACUGGUAAGUUAUAA